AUGAAAGCUGAAAAAAUAGCACCUCUUCAAAAUUAUCCGAUCAGAUCGUUGCGCUUGGGCCAGGAUGACGACCAAUAUCUUGUUAAUCUAACAGAAGGUAGAUUGCUAUAUCUAAAUCAUGCCAUUGUCCCAGAUUAUCUAAGGACCAAACCUGAUCCAGAGGUCCAACAAACGGAACGUCAAAUGAAUAAUGAAGCAAGUGUAUGUAAUGAUGCAGCCGUCAAAAACUUAAACAAAUGUUGUGAUAAAAUGUUAGAAAGAAUAAAACUUUCUCUACAUAAUUGGAAAAACGAUCAACAGCAAAUGAAAAAUAUAAAACCAACAUUUAAUCAAAAUGACACUGUACAAUUAAUUGCAGCUUUAACGUACGGUCGUGAUAUUUCAAUAUAA